GGUAUAUAAAUUAUCACAGCUGUUCUGUCUGCAUUCGCUUGAAACAAGAACAUUUCUCUUCCUUAUUUCUGAACCUGUCUUCUAAUAUCAUUAUCUGAAAGCCAAAUCUACGCUCAUCUGCUUUGUCUGGGCAUGCUGAGCCGAACACCAGAUUUAUUCAUUCAGAUAAGCAAAUUCAUAUAUAAACAUUGCCACUCCACUCCUGCCUAUUUCAAAAAUGGCAUCUACAAAAGUGGAUCUCACCUCUCCCGAACCCUACAUCACUCCCGCUGAGAUCUACAGCGGUACCUCAUUCAACAUUGGCGACAAUUCCAGCCCAAAUUCUCCGACAUCCGCCCCACCAAUAACUCUCCGCAUCGCAACUGGAGGAGCUGGUCAAUCCGGACUUAUUCGCGCUCUUGCCAAUAAGUUCAUAGAGUUCGAGAUAGACACAACAGGUUGCCCACGGUUCAGCAUCGCGUGGUUAUUAUCAGAUACGUCUGCAAGUUUCAACUAUUUGGGAAGUAGAGCGGCGGAUUGUAGCAUCACUUAUCAUAAAACUGCGGAGGAGAUAGCUUUAAAGCAGGGGAUUGCUGAGAGGAGGAAUUAUGCUUGGAGAGAUCACUGGUUGCUUGUUGGUAGGUUGUUUGCUGAUUAUGUGUGGCUGCUAUACUUGUGGUCCCGUUUUGAUGAUAACAUCCAACUUUCUUUUGAAAUGGUCCACUCCGCUCUGAUAAUUUCUAGGACCGAGACAGAAUCCUGCAGGUCUUCCACUUGAUGGUACAGCGGACUCUACAAUAUUUGAUCUAUUCAGCCAGUUAUUUAUGGCUUGUGUUGAAAAUCCAAAUAUUAGAUUCUUGUCCCGAUACGAUAAAUCGGCCGCCAAUAUUAAAGAAUCUUCUAUUUGGACAGCUAUCGGUCAAACUCCUUGGGCACACCCAUAUUCAAGUUGGUAUCAUCGCUACAUAGAGUUUCCAUUUGCUGCUUUGAGAGCUGCAUGUGCGCUAGGCGAGUACACACUUACGGAUAAGGGUACAUGGUUAAGUAUUGAAGAAGAGAUUAGAGACAAGAUGAGUGUUUUUAAAGCGAGCACAGAUGCCCCAGAUGAUCCAUUAUUGAAUCCUGCGCAUAUCUUAGUAGGCACGAGAGGGAAAAACAUAGCCAUGGCUCACAAAUUUGCAGAUUGGAUGAUAGCAAGAGAUGGUGGACAGAAGGUUAUUGAGGAGUUUGAAGUGAAUGGUGCUAUCUUGUACACUGGUGCACCAAACUCUUAGGAAAGCAAAUGGAAUGAUUCAGGUCCCUUCUUGAGUUCCUUCGUUAAAACUACCCGAAUGAUUUGAUUUGGAGCACCCAAAAAAGAAUUGAUGCUUUGGUCCAAGGUUCAAGGGACUUGGGAAACGUAAAGACUUCAAGUGCUUCGCCAAGUACAAUGUUAUUGAAGAAAUAUAAAUUUGCA